CCGGGCGCGGGGGAGCGGCGGAGCCCUCCGCCCGCCGGGUGCAUGGACAGGAGCUCCCUGCUGCAGCUCAUCCAGGAGCAGCUCGAUCCCGAAAACACCGGCUUCAUCGGGGUGGACACGUUCGCCAGUCUGGUGCACAGCCAUGAGCUGCCCCUGGACCCCGCCAAGCUCGACAUGCUGGUGGCCCUGGCACAGGGCAAUGACGAGGGGCAGGUCUGCUAUCAGGAGCUGGUAGACCUGAUCAGCAGCAAGCGCUCCAGCAGCUUCAAGCGCGCCAUCGCCAACGGGCAGCGGGCGCUGCCCCGCGACGUCCUGCUGGACGAGACCGGCCUCGGCAUCUACAAACGCUUCGUCCGCUACGUGGCCUACGAGAUCCUGCCCUGCGAGAUGGACCGGCGCUGGUACUUCUACCAGCACCGCACCUGCCCGCCCCCCGUCUUCAUGGCAGCCGUCACCCUCACCCAGAUCAUCGUGUUCCUGUGCUACGGGGCCCGGCUGAACAAGUGGGUGCUGCAGACCUACCACCCUGAGUACAUGAAGAGCCCCCUGGUCUAUCACCCCGGGCACCGGGCACGCGCCUGGCGCUUCCUCACCUACAUGUUCAUGCACGUGGGGCUGGAGCAGCUGGGGUUCAACGCCCUCCUGCAGCUGAUGAUCGGGGUGCCCCUGGAGAUGGUGCACGGCAUCCUGCGCAUCAGCUUCCUCUACCUGGCCGGGGUCCUGGCAGGAUCCCUCACCGUCUCCAUCACGGACAUGAGGGCCCCCCUGGUCGGGGGCUCAGGGGGCGUCUACGCCCUCUGCUCUGCUCACCUCGCCAACGUUGUCAUGAACUGGGCCGGGAUGCGCUGUCCCUACAAGCUGCUGCGGAUGGUGUUGGCGCUGGUGUGCAUGAGCUCCGAGGUCGGUCGCGCCGUCUGGCUCCGCUUCUCGCCGCCGCUGCCGGCCUCGGGCCCGCAGCCCAGCUUCAUGGCGCACCUGGCGGGGGCCAUCGUGGGCAUCAGCAUGGGGCUGACCAUCCUGCGCAGCUACGAGGAGAGCCUGCAGGACCAGUGCGGCUGGUGGGUGCUGCUGCUGUCCUACGGCACCUUCCUGCUCUUCGCCGUCUUCUGGAACAUCUUCGCCUACGACCUGCUGGGGGCACAGAUCCCGCCCCCGCCGUAGCCGCCCCCC